UACACGUGAGCUCUCAGUCCAGCAGAGUCCCCAGAGGCACCGGCGCCUGCAGUGGAGCACGGGCGGGUAAUGGUUAAGGAAGCGCGGAGUGUGAAGCGCGUGCGGCGCUGUGGUGCGCGCCCGGAGCUCUGCCUAAGCAAACCGCUACAGUAGGAAGAUGGCGACGGAGGGAACGAGCGGAGAGCAGCCGCCUCCGAUCCAAACCUUAUCAACAACGACCAGCACCACCGCUGCUUUGCAAGGAACGCUCGAGACGAAAUGUGAAUUUAAUAUGGAUAAUCUGAGCAAAGCAGAAUUGCUGACAUUUCUAAGUAUUAUGGAAGGAGAACUGGAAGCCAGGGAUUUGGUGAUUGAAGCCUUGCGGGCUCGCAGGAAGGAAGUGUUCAUUCAAGAAAGAUAUGGACGUUUCAACCUCACCGAUCCAUUCCUGGCUCUUCAACGUGAUUUUGAGGCCAGCACCGGAGAGAAAGACAGGAGGCCGAUCUGCACAAGCCCCCUUGCCAUCCUUGAAGCUGUCAUGUCACACUGUAAAAGAAUGCAGGAGCGAAUGUCUGCCCAGCUCGCUGCUGCAGAAAGCAAGCAAAAAAAGCUUGAGGAGGAAAAAUCCCAGUUGCUAAGUCUGGAGCAAGAACAUAAGAAGCUAUCAGCCCAGCUGAAGGAUGAACAGGAAAAGAACAAGCAGAUUGUUAUGAUGCUGGUUAAGGAGUGUAAACAUUUGGCUACCAAAAUAGUUGAGGAGAGUCAAAAGUUUGAUGAACUCUCUGCUAAACUCGAGGAAGAAACAAAGAAAGCAAACCAACUUGAAGAAGAUUUGGCAGCUGAGAAGAAAAAAGGCCAGCAGAUGGAGGCACAGAUGGAGAAGCAACUCUCUGACUUUGACACAGAAAGAGAACAGCUCAGGGCAAGGCUUGGUCGGGAAGAAACACGAGUGGCAGACCUCAAGGUGGAGAGUGAGAAUCUUCUAAAGGAAAUGGAACAACUACGGUCUGAAAACGAUAGCAAACAAGACCUCCCUGACAGCCAGACGAGCAAAACAAGAACCUUCACUUCCAUUAGUAUUGGAACAGAUGUAAUUAACUUGCGAACAACCUCUUGCCAAACAGACAUGAGUUUAUCCACAGAACAGAGUAUAGAUGGUUUGAAAAAGUCACCACUCACAAUACCUGUUAAGCCUUCCAGCAUGAAUUACAGCAAUACGGGACAUCUUAAAGGAGCAGUAACUGGAAAUAUUGCAGUAGCAAGACCAGCUGAUAAAUCUGCUCCCUAUAGCAGUUCAGCAUCCCUUUCUGCACAAACUGAGAAUGGACCUUCAGGAGGCGGCCCUGAGAUACACAGUGGCACCACUCAGUCCCCAUUCAAUCCUGUUUAUCCGUCAACUCCAUCUUCAGGAAUAUCCUCGCCUAAUUUUCCGCCGGCUCCAUCUGUGCACAGUUUACAUUCAUCUGCCAGUUUGCACCAAGGUGUUAGUACCAGGGUACAGGCAGCACGAUUUCGAUUCCAGUCAUCUCCUACUGAACAUGACCAAAAUGGAAUAACCACACAGAGCCCCCCAUCGAGAGAUUUGUCACCCACAAACCGUGAUAAUUUUGCUGCUAAACAGCAAGCCCGCCACACUGUAACGCAAGUUCUUUCAAGGUUUACAAGUCCUCAAACUACCAAUACUUUGCGACCUUGCUUACCUCAUUCUGCUUCUGAAGGAGGACCAUUUCCUGGCCGCUUAGGCCAUCAACAGAUUGGUUUAAAAUCUCCAAAUGUGGCAAGAAUUGACCGAGGCAAUCCACCUCCCAUCCCCCCAAAAAAGCCUGGUCUUUCACAAACUCCAUCCCCACCGCACCCACCCAUUAAAGUGGUGUCUGAUGGAAGUCGAUCCUCAAGUACUGGUUUGGCUGUUCCUUCUAAAUCCAUAACCCCUCCUUCCAGUUCACCACAAGGAAAUCGCCUUUUAAAUGAAGAGACUCUGCAUAAAUCCACUUCUCCCCAGCUUCCACCCAAACCAGCCAUCGAUAUUCCAGGGGCUGGUGGAAGCUGUCCCAUCCCAGCCUUGACUGCAUCACAGGUGGGUGCUUGGCCCACCUCCUCCCCAAGGCUGCACCAGUCCGCAUGCUCAGAGUGUCCCUUUGUCGCUCCCACGUCCACCUCCACCUCCACCAUUGCCUGUAGCUCCUCCAUAAACUCUGUUAGUCCCUCAUCUUGUAGCCCAUGUGAUAAAGACAGCCCACUGGUAACAGCCUCAGGCUGGUGUACCCCCCUAGCAUCUCCGCUAACUUGUGGUGGUCCUGUCCCCCUGGCUGGCAGGCCCACCCUUCUCCACCAAGCUGCUACCCAGGGAAAUGUCACUUUAUUGUCAAUGCUGCUUAAUGAAGACCGAAACUAUAUUAGUCACCUUGAUGAAGAUGGAAAUUCUGCUUUGUAUUCUGCUGCAAAAUAUGGACACACAGACUGUGUUAAGCUGUUGCUGACAACAGGGGCAUGUGUUAACAUUUCAAAUAAAAAUGGAUUCACACCUUUACAUAUUGCUGCUGCAAAUGGACAUUUCAGGUGCACUGAUUUGUUACUUCGCUAUGAAGCCAAUGUGAACUUUCCUGCUAUAGGAGGGGAAACUCCUCUGUAUCAGGCCUGUGCCAGUGGAAAUGAUGAAUGUAUUCAAGUUCUGCUGGCAGCUGGAGCUGAUAGAACGGCAACCACAGCAAAUGGGUCAACACCACUUCAUGCAGCUGUUAACUCCGGCAACAUUAGCAGCAUGAAGCUUCUAAUGUACUAUGACGUAUGCAGUGAUAUGACUAUUGACAAUGAGACUGAAAAUGUGACUGCUUUUGACUAUGUGGACUCCUCCAAAAUUAAGACUCCAAGCUUUGAGGGAAGCCAACUUGUGUUUGUUGAUCUCAUCAACCAUUCAGACAACCAGGGGUGGACAGCUGCACACAUUGCUGCAUCAAAGGGUUUUAAGGAUUGCCUGGAAGUCUUGUGUAGCCACAGUGACCUAGAUGUCGAAAAGAGAGAUAACUGUAAUCGAACAGUCCACGACGUGGCUACCGAUGACUGUAAGCACCUUCUAGAAAACCUGUAUGCAUUUAAGGUGAUUUUACAGAUCUCUCAGAAUCCAAGCCAGCAAAUCUGCUCUGACGAUGUUGUUGACGACAGAGAUGGCACAGCAGUUGGCAUUUUGACUGUCCGUAAACAUACUGGAUGGGAUGACAUUGCUAAAAGCUUGUGCCAAACUGUUACAAACCACUUUCACCUGCUGACCAACACGUGGAAAGAGAAUGGUGCUUUCCUAAAUGCUAGUACUGAAAUUCCACUUGGUCUUGAUGCUAACAGCAUUUUAAAGGUUCAAAUCGGUGAUACUAGCUGGUACCUUGGACAGUCCUUCACAACUUCACCAUGGAAUGUAUUAAGAACAGGCUGCUCACAAGAGAUGUCUGUCAAGCUGAAAGGUCUAGCAGAAGUAUCCCUGGAUGAACUGACAUAUGCGUCUCUGAUUCCUCUUCAGAUGCUCCAAAACUAUGUUCGUCUGGUAGAACAAUAUCGUAAUGUAAUCUUCCAUGGGCCUGAAGGAAGCUGCCAGCUGUACUUAGCACAACAGAUUUCACAGUUUAUUAAGCACAAACAAGAAGCUGCAGGAAUCAGUUGUGAGCUGGUUACUAUCAAAGUGGAUGCUAAUUUGUCAAAAAAGCAGCUGAUAGAGACUUUCACCAAUUGUGGCUUUUUAGUAAAAGAGUCCACAGGCUGUAAAAAUGUAAUUGUUGUUCUGGAAAACCUGGAGCAAGCUGAUUCCCUGUCAGAGCUUCUUGGAGAUCUUGCAGAAGCCCUGGAAAACAGAGGCCCAGGGAGUUCCGUUGUCCUUCAUAAUGCACAAGAGCCCAGUGGUACUUAUUUCUUCCAGGAGGGCAGCUUCAUGAUUGGAACUCUUGCAAAGCCCAGACUUCAUGGCCCAGAGCUACUGGUGCAGCAGCAUUUUCGCUGGGUCCAGUUACGCUGGGAUGGAGAGCCAAUCCGUAGUCUGCUACAAAAAUACUUAAAAAGGAAGUUCAUUAACAAGCUUAAAGGACAGAUUCCCCUGCUGCCAGAUUUAGUCUGUAAAGCAGUCGAGUGGAUUUGUUCCGUCUGGCACCAGCUAAACUCCUGCCUUUCUUGCCUGGGGACACCAGAAGCCUUAAUUGGACCCGAGAUGUUCUUUUCAUGUCCAGUAGUCCCGGGGCACCACCAGUUUAUUGUAAAGUGGUUGUCAAGAUUGUGGAAUGCUGUGGUGAUUCCCAGGGUUGAAGAAGCCAUCCUUGCUAAGCUGACAACGAAAAGACAGUGUGUGGGGGGACAAUCUGCCAGCAAGAAAAAUCUAAGUCAGGGCCAGCAAGCUCUGGUGAAGACAGCGCUCAGCAUUCUACUAAACAAGGCCGUACUCCAGGGCUGCCCCCUUCCUAAGAAAGAUAUGGAUGAGUAUUUAGCCCAGUUUCAAGGAGUCAGUUUGCCCCUCUCUGUUAUUACAAAUGGUAAAAACAAUAAUAAAAAGAGCAGAGACCUUGGAUCUUGGAGGAAGGCAAACACAAGUCCUCGGAAGAAGACUACACAGUCCUGGAAUAAACAUGGAGGAAACAAAGAAGGCGCUUUGCUGGAGAGAAGCCUCAGCCGAUCAAAUCUUCAUUCACACCAAUCUCUAGAUUAUGACCUGACAAGAGUUUCAAGACUGGAUCAGAGUUUCUCUGUUUGUUCUGAUGAUGAAAAUGACUUGAUGCAAGAACUUCAGAGCAUGUGUUCCAGCAAGUCUGAGCCAGACAUAACCAAGAUUGUUCAUUUUAAGAAUGACUUGAUUAUGCCCUCCGGCUCUUCUCAGCAGUUCUCAGUUCAUGUUGAUAACGACCUGACGGCUAAUCCAUUACAGCUGAAGGUCGGUGGCUGUUAUGCGAACACCGAUGCACCUGGGACGUUAAGCAGCAAUAAAAGGACAAGUGAAUCAGGGUCCGGAAGAUUAAAAUCCUUUCUGCCCGUACCAAUGAACAAAAAUGCCCAGCACACUGACCUGCGGAGCAGAGGUGGCAGCGGCAGCAGCAGCAGCAGCAGCAAUACAAGGCAAUUAGAAAUAAAUAAUAACUCACCAGAUGAGUCGUGGAAUCUGCACAGUGGUUUGCAUGAAAACAAGUAAACUUCUUAAAUCUUUAUAUAGACAAUUUUUAAUUUGUCUCCAUGUUGUAAAGUAGAAUUAUUACAGCCUUUGUAACUGUUCUUGUUAAUGUAUUUGGUACACUGUAUUACAUUGUGUAUUGGGGACCAUAGAAUAUUAUAUACAAAGUAUUGAAAUAAAUAAAAAAUUAAAAGUGCUUAACCAGCUCUUGCCUUUCAGGUAAAAAUGUUUUGGGUCAAAGUGACAAAACAGACCGUUUUUGCUAUUGAGAUAUUUACCAAUAUUGAAGUGUUAAGAUUGUUUCAAAUGCUGUUAUUAAUCAGGGUUUUACCAAAUGUGUAAAUAAGAAUUUAAAAUGUUAUAUAGCGUGGUGUUAGUGGCAUUACAUUUGUACAGUAAAAGAAGUGGGAGGGGGUGUCGGGGGGGGGCAAAACAGGAAACAAUAUUGCACAUAUGUUUGUAAUAUGGAGAUCUAGGUUCAUCAAUUUUCACUUGUUUCAAAGUGAAUGGAAUGUGGCAAUAAGUAGCGUAAUUGCAAACACAAGACAUUUUCUUUCAAAUGUAAGCCAUAAUAAACAUUUUAAUUAUCCACAUGUA